GAUGAGGGCUCUGUCGGACGACUACGCCAGCGGCAGCGAGGAGAGGCGGCGCCUCCUGCAGAGCAGAUACGGCCGCAGGAUGCUGCAGGUCAUUCUGCCGGAUAUCUUGAGUGAGGACUGGGUUGUGUUCAACAGCAAGAGCUGUCCUCACUGCUUCUGCAAAAUAGAGAAAAACGGAGGAUGCAACAUGAUGACGUGCUCUCAGUGCAGACAGUUCUUCUGCUGGACCUGCCUCACCAGACUGACGAGAGCUGCUGCAGGGGAUCACUUUCAGGACGGCUCCUGCUCUCUCCAUGGACCAUACUUACCCUAGCUCUGAUACCUCCACCAGACAUGUGGGUGAGAGACCGUGUUUGUCCUGCUGUGUUUUUUAAAUCCAGUUUUAAUGAUUAAAAAAAAUACCAGGAUGUAAAACGAAACAUGAUAAGUUAGAGCACGUUUUAAAACUAAAAGAAUCUAUAUCCUAUAAACAUGAGGUGCUUUAUGGGUCAGGGAUGAUUUUUAAUCUCAGUUUAUUUAA